UAGGUAUGUGAAGCACCAGAUCGGCACCUUUAUAAUAACUUCGAAAAGCCACAUGACUAAGUUGGAGGCAACCCAUAGACACAGCAUUGCAGAUUGGCAUAUGACUUGCUGAGACUUGAGCCCUCUGUCACGCCUUAUGCAGACCUUUAUUGGACUUGUUCUUACGAUGGCGGGCAAUUAGCAGUUAUACCGGUAGUUGAUAACUAUAUCCAAGCUGCAGAAAUGGCAAUCGAUGGCACGCCGCUUUGUGGGAUCCAGUGAUUUGCAACAUAGCUGGCGUAAUUCUCCAAACGAUAAGCAGAAAUGUUGGCAACACGGCUAGGACUUCAGGGCCGGCAAGGAUAUCGUGGCUUAGCAGCGGCAUGUCCGUUUCGCAAGCAUAGGCCCCUCUCUACCAGCCUCUAUGGCACCCCACUAUCAUCACUUUCGUUUGGGACAAUUGGCGCGAACACCGGCGCCCAGGCUACCGGAUCGCAGCAGCGGGAGCAGCAUAAUGGCGUCGGGGCGGAACCCAACUCCUCGACGUUCCCGCACGUAUCCGUGAUGCUUCGCGAGGUGGUGGACGCUUUCCAACCUAUAACCCUAGAUACGUUUCUGGACUGCACUCUUGGCGCUGGCGGACAUUCCUCCGCCAUCCUCGCUGCACAUCCGGAAAUGCGCACGCUCCUAGGCAUUGACCUGGACCCCACCGCACACUCGCUAGCGGAGCCGCGCCUGCGGGCCGCUGCGGGCGGCCGGGAGCACUUCAGCCUGCACCUGCUGCGAGGGAACUAUAGGGACCUCAAGGCUCUGCUUUCAACCGUCAGCAGCCCGCCGCCGCGCCCCAACGGCAUCCUGAUGGACCUGGGUGUGUCAUCCAUGCAGGUGGACACGGCUGAGCGCGGCUUCAGCUUCAUUCGUGACGGGCCGCUGGACAUGCGCAUGGACCCCAAGGCAGCCCUGAGCGCUGAGGAGGUGCUGAACACCUGGUCUGAAGCUGAGCUGGCUCGCAUCAUUCGGGACUACGGGGAGGAGAAAUUGUGGAAGGUGGUGGCACGCAGGCUCGUGAGGUGGAGCCCAUCCGUACGACAGUGCAGCUGGCCAAGGCCAUCGGGCAGACCCAGCUGGGCGGCCGCGGCGGGAAGGGCGCCGGAAAGGGCGUGCACCCCGCGACAAGGACGUUCCAGGCGCUACGGAUAGCCGUAAAUGAUGAGCUGCGUAAGCUCGAGCAGGCGCUACCAGACGCGAUUGAGGCGCUAGCCCCAGGUGGCCGGCUGGCGGUUAUUUCUUUCCACAGCCUGGAGGACCGCCUCGUUAAGCAUGCCUUUCUACGUGCAGCAGGUAAACCAACACCGGAGGAAGAACACUUGACCUAUGGUCCUGGGAAGUUCGACUACCUUGAGUCAUUGGAGGC